UCCUCCUCAGACCCCAGGUAUCAUAUAUGAUACCUCAGGUUUAUAUUUUAUUCUCGGCCUCCAGCUCCAUUUAGCCGCACGUACUCGAUGGUAUCAUAUAUGAUACACUGCUAAAUACGCGCCUAAUUUUUUGAUGCGAUGUUGGUUGCAUACGGCGGCAAGAAAAGUCAGUCGAUUGUUUAUGUUUACAAGUGCACGUGCUACGAUCAUGCCUCUACCACGAAAUAAAAGGCCUUUGACCGCGUUGGAGCUUGAAGAGAUAGCUCUCAACUUGGACUUCGAUCAGUCGGACCUCGAUGAUCUCUCUUCGGACGAUGAUGAGGAUGAGGUUGAUCUAGGUUUGGAAAAUGUGGUUACCGAUCCUGAUGAUAUGGAGAUCGCAGACAACAUGAGUGAUUCAUCGGAUGAGGAGCCUCUUGCCCACUACCUACCAGGUUACCAGAAAAAAUGGUCACGUACUCGUCAAUUUGAACCAAGUGUUGAUUUACUAGACAGGGUGAUUGGAAAAUAUGCAAUGCGUGGGCGUACCAAAAAAUGGACAAUACGUGCAAUCUACCACUUCUUCGAUUUCGCGGUAGCUGCAUCUUGGCUCGAAUAUCGUCAAAAUACCAGUACAGAAGGCUUGAGGAGAAAAGACACUUUGGACUAUCUGGAUUUCAAAUUAUCCGUUGCUCAAUAUUUGAUUUUAACUAAAAAACCUUCUGAACAAUGUGAAGGAAAUUCGGAACAAAGUGAAUGUGAUGAAGAAGAGACACCGCCUCUGAAACAAAGGAAGGUACAACCUGUUCCGGAUAGAAGAGUCAGGACCGUUGGUAACAUCCACCUACCAGUAUUUACGAAGCAAGAACAAAAAACAAGAUCAAAAUGUAGAUUUCCUAAAUGUGGCAAAUUAACGUUUGCCGAAUGUAACUCCUGCAAUAUUUAUCUGUGUUGUACCGUUGAUAAAAAUUGUUUCUCGCUUUUUCACCAGUAAAUUUUUUUUAUAGAUCUGUUG